AUGGGGAAAAAGUAUUUGUUGUUCAUGGUGCAGAUGCAUCUCAACUUUCGUCGAGCAGAGCUGGAGUCUUUAGCGGACCUUCAUGGUGUGAAGGCAGAUUUUUCGGAAUACCGUGAGGACUCGCCAUUUAUGGUGGUAGAGUUGGAGAACGAUGAUGAGGCACGUAGGUGGAUCCGGCGGGCGGUGUUGUGUCGGGCGAUUUACGAGUAUUGGGGGGAGGGGGGGGACUACGAUGAGUUGCAUAGGAAUGUCAAGGGUAGUGAGGAGGUGGUUGGGUAUCAGAAGCGAGAUCAGAGCAAGAGUUUUAGAUUUGACUUUGAAGCCUUUGGUGGGUCCAGUGGAGGGAAGUUUGAUAGGGUUGCGCAGAUAGAAACGUUUGAGUAUUUAGGGUUUCAAGGCCCAAUUCGGUUGAAGAACCCGGAGGAGGUAUAUACUGUUAUAGAGCGGUACGCGAAUAUCUCAGAGAAUAUCGGUGGUGAGAAGCCGGUACAUUUGUAUUUCGGGAGGUUAGUGCAGAAGAGUGAUAGGUUGUGUGGGGUGUUAGAUAAGUACGAUUUGAAACGUAGGCCUUAUAAAGGCACCACUAGCUUCGAAGCAGAGUUGUCGUUAGUGAGUGCAAACAUAGCUCAGGUGAAGCCAAUGCAUUUUAUGUAUGAUCCAUUUGUAGGGACAGGGUCAUUUCUUGUGGCGGGUGCGCACUACGGUGCGUUGGUUAUGGGAUCUGAUAUUGACGGGAGAAUGAUUCGAGGCAAGGGCUCUCAGACGAUUACCGCUAACUUUAAGCACUAUAAGGAAUCUAUGCAGUUUAUCGAUGUAAUGACAAUGGAUUUUACACAUAAUGCCCUUAGAAAUGGUAUGGUGGUCGACACUAUACUCUGUGACCCCCCAUAUGGGAUCCGUGAAUCAAUUAAAGUAUUGGGAGCCAAAGAUCCAAAGAGGUUUGCCGGAAAGGAAGAUGUUGAAAUUGAUGGAGUGAAAGCAUAUUUGCGUAUUGAUUACAUUCCUACUAAAAAACCGUGUUCGCUAGAUUCGUUGCUUGAUGAUCUGCUGCAAUUCGCUUCUAAAUGUUUACCCAUAGGAGGCAGGUUGGCAUUCUGGAUGCCUACAGCCAACGACGAGAAUGUUGAAACAAUCAUACCGCUGCAUCCUAACUUAGAGCUGAAGUAUAACUGCGAGCAAGAGUUUAAUAAGUGGUCAAGAAGACUACUCGUUUACAUUAAUCGUGGUAGCAACUUCAACGGUACCGCUAAUGUUGGAACGGAGAGAUCAAAGACUAGGUUUAGAGAUCGCUAUUUCAAUGGUUUUAACUAA